CCAGAUCCCCCAGACCUUAAAUCCAGAGACAGAGCUUCUCUUUCUCUUUUCCAUCACUUCCCCCAGCAGCUGCCUAGAGUUUCAGCUUGCUGCUAAGAACUCAAAAAGGAAGCUUGCUUUCCCUGCAACGCUGAUUGAUAUUUGGCUUCUUCUAGAAGAAAAGCUUGAAAGGCUGGGAAUAGAACCAAGGGCUGAUGGGCGCUUGCUUACCUGCUAUGCUGAAGAGUCCUGAGUUCAGUCCCCCCACCCUGAAAUGGAGACAGUGAGGAUGGAAGCAAACUCAGAUUUCACAAGCCAGCCCCCCGCUCGGGAUUGGUCCUGUUCUGUACCCUGCGAGGCACUCGACUCCAGUGGCGGAGCCCCGCUCAGACGGGCAGCGGGUUUGCAACGGCCCUGUGGGUCAGAUCUGCUGCCCAUCACAGUUCGCAGCGCCGUGGGAGCGACCCAGACGUCUGCGCCCCGGGACACUCACGAGUCUUUGCCAGCGUCUGCCACUCUGCGCGCCUAGCCUGGCCGCGCAGCAAGCUCCCCAGGCGGCCUCCGGACCGAGGAUGAGCUGUCAUCUGCCAAACUUUCAGGACAGCUCAGGGCUUAGAAGAGGGCUCAUCUAAAUAAAGGCCGGCUAAAGUGACAUUGUGGAGACUUAAUCCUUCUCUGGCUGCCUGUGUUAACCAAAGACUGAUUUACAAGACUCUUCCUUUUCUGGAGUUCAGAUUCUUAAGUCCCUGGGGUCUUGCGAUUUGACAGCAAGAGAGAAAAAAAAACAAAAACGAAAUGAAGGUCAGCGAUGAGCCCCCGCUGCAGGGACUCGGGGGCUGUCAAGGGGCUUUUACACUUGGGAGCGCAAGACUGCCUGGUUACACAGGGAAUUAACAGAGUGAAGCCUUUGUCCCCCAGUCUCAGCCAUCUACCACAGAGCAUCAGGUUCCACCUCGGGAGGAGUUAUGGUAACUGAAUGUGCCUCUGGUUGUACAGCUAGAGCUUGGAAAUCCGAGGUGAGGGAAGGCGGGAGGGGCCUGGAGUGAGCUCCUGCUGGGCUGUGUAACAUCUCUCUGGUCCCUGGGUCUCCACAAGGACUUUUUGCUCAGCUCUCCUCGCUCUCAUGGACGCUGUGCUUCAGGAGGCCUCAACUCAAGCUUUCUUCACUUGCCAUCUGCGCCUGUCCUGCAAUCUGCCCUGACAGUGGCUCUGGGCUGAGAUGGAGCCAUGAGCCUGCAUAGAAGAUGACUGCAGUGUUUGUGAAUGGAGGCGGCCUGGUGAACACACAUUGUGACAGGUGGGAGCGGAGGGACAGCGUGGAAAGCAGCUGUCAGACCGAGGGCGGCAAGGACGACGAGGAGGACCAGCCUCGUCAGCUGACACCCUUCGAGAAACUGACCCAGGACAUGUGCCAAGAUGAGAAGGUGGUGAGGGAGAUCACGCUGGGGAAACGAAUAGGCUUCUAUCGAAUUCGAGGGGAGAUCGGAAGCGGAAACUUUUCCCAGGUCAAGCUGGGGAUUCACUCCUUAACCAAAGAAAAGGUGGCCAUUAAGAUUCUGGACAAAACCAAGUUAGACCAGAAAACUCAAAGGCUGUUAUCCAGAGAGAUUUCCAGCAUGGAGAAGUUGCACCAUCCCAACAUCGUCCGUCUUUACGAAGUCGUGGAGACCCUGUCCAAGCUCCACCUAGUGAUGGAGUAUGCAGGUGGUGGGGAGCUCUUUGGGAAAAUCAGCACAGAGGGAAAGCUUUCUGAACCAGAAAGCAAGCUCAUCUUCUCCCAGAUCGUGUCUGCCGUGAAGCACAUGCAUGAAAACCAAAUUAUCCACAGAGAUCUGAAAGCAGAAAACGUCUUUUAUACCAGUAGCACUUGUGUGAAGGUGGGUGAUUUUGGAUUCAGCACCGUAAGUAAAAAAGGCGAGAUGCUGAACACUUUCUGCGGGUCUCCACCCUACGCUGCACCCGAACUCUUCCGGGACGAACACUAUGUUGGUGUUUAUGUGGAUAUCUGGGCCUUGGGUGUCCUUUUGUACUUCAUGGUGACCGGCACGAUGCCGUUUCGAGCGGAAACCGUGGCCAAACUAAAGAAGAGCAUCCUUGAGGGUACCUACACCAUACCCCAGCAUGUGUCAGAGCCUUGCCACCGGCUCAUCCGAGGAGUCCUUCAGCCCACGCCCACAGAGAGGUAUGGGAUCAACUACAUCAUGAGCAACGAAUGGAUGCGAGGGGUGCCAUACCCCACCCCUUUGGAACCUUUCCAACUGGAUCCUAAACAUUUGUCAGAAACCAGCACCCUCAAAGAAGAAGAAAACGAGGUGAAAAGCACUUUAGAACACUUGGGGAUUACAGACGAACAUAUCCGGAAUAACCAAGGGAGAGACGCUCGAAGCUCUAUCACGGGGGUUUAUAGAAUCAUUUUACAUCGAGUGCAAAAAAGAAAAGCAUUGGAAAGUGUGCCAAUAAUGAUACUACCAGAACCUAAAGGAAGGGACCUAAAGAAAGGGUCCCGUGUCUACAGAGGCAUAAGACACACAUCUAAAUUUUGUUCGAUUUUAUAAGUUAUAUCAGGUAGCUGGGAACUAACCAAUGAGCACAGUUUCUGCUUUUAAUCUUUCUCGUACACAAUUUGAAUGGAAACACUUUUGUAAUUUUUAAAUAAAUUUGAGAUAUGCCUACCACCCCCUA